UGGCGAUCCGUCAAAUGUUGAUGCUCGAACUCUCGGACAUUGUGGGUCCUGAGAACGUGGAUGAUAUGACAAACUAUAUUCUGUCUUUUCAGGAUGUAAACGAUAUUCGAGCGGUCCUAAAAGACAUUAUCGGUAACGAUACUGUUGCAAACAACAUUGCUACCGAAAUCCUCAAAUCACGAGGCCAAUACGUUGCAGAAGAGGAACGGACGACGGCAGUCAAUCCAAAGAAGGAUUCGCAAAGUCCCCCUCCCAACAAGGAAAAGCAAUCUCCCAAGCCAAAGACCCCAACAGAACCUCCAAAGAAAGCCGCGUCCCAGACAAAGCCCUCUCCACCUCCCAAGAAGCUCGAUCCCUCUGCUCCCCCCGCCGCAUUCUCCUCUGCCACCCAAUCAGAUGUGAUCCCCAAGCCGAAAUGUCAUUGCAUGGGCACCAUCCACCCCGUGCUCUUCAACUGCACAGAAUGCGGAAAUAUCAUCUGCACCGAGGAAGAACUCGAAGUCUGCACCUACUGCGGCGCAUUCAGCAAACAUUACCGAUCCACACACAACGCGCAAACCGACGAAUCGCUUCGCAAAGCCAUCGAAAACAAGAACCGGCUCCUCCAAUACGACCGCGAGAACACGGCGCGCUCGCAAGUGUUCGACGAUCAGCAGGAUUAUUUCGACCUCAAUGACCGCUGGACCGGCAAGAAAACCGCGGGAGACGCCUACAAAAUGGUGUACCAGCAGCGAUCGCAGCAGCCAAUCGCGAUCUCGUUCGAUUUCGCGGGGAGAAGAGUGGUGGUCGACGAGCGACGCGUGGAGCAGCCGAAGCGAAAAGCGGCGGCAGAAGUGGAGGAAACGCCCGUGCAGAGCGCCAACACGUCGGGCUAUUAUUUGGGUCCGCAGAGAAACGGGGAAACGGCGAAACCGCAGAAGGGGCGAGUGGUGUCGACGGAGCACGUGUACCACAAUUCGACGCUGGAGGGAAAGGCGAACGAAGUGUACGAAGUGGGUAGCGAGGGAAGGGAGGUAAAUGGGUAG